AAUACCGUUGUGAGGAAUCGCUUCGAGAGGCAAUACAGCAGAGACAAAAGAGAAUGUUGAAAUUCACAAUUGUCAUUAUUGCUACGCUGGUUUUUCAUAAAGUAAACGCGCUGAACGAGGAUGAAAGAGAUCAGAUGAAAUUUACGAUUUUGCAAGCGAAGAAUCGUGCGUUUGAUCAGGUACAAGGAAUUAAAGCUUUAGCGACUACUGAAAACGCAAACUUUAUUGCCGAUGUGAAUGAAGUGGUGCUGAAGUCUUUAAGCGAUAUGGAAGCAUUGAGAAAAGAAUUUGACACACAAAGUGCUUCUUGCGAUGUGAAAGAUGACAUAAACAAUAAUGCUGUGAAGACUGUUGCGCACUUUCAAUCCUGCACGGAAAAAGUAAUCAAUUAUGCCGAUGCGGACAUGAAUUCUCUGGCUUUUGACGGAAGCCUACUGGUGAAAGAAAUUGAUUACCCUGAUAAACGCACCGAGGAACUAUCUCGUCAAGUUGAGGAAUAUGACGCGAGGUCUUACCAAUUCGCCAAGUAUCUGCAAAGAUUGGAGAAGUGCAAAACUCAAUCAAAUAUGACACGACUUAAGCGCCACAUAUCUGAGGCUUUAGCCAGCUACAAACGAUGCCUUCAAAAUAAGUAAAUAUUCUCCGAUUUAACACGCAAUUGUAGUUUUUUGGCUAUAAAGAAAAUGGUUCAUAUAUUUUUAUAAAAUUACACCACACUAAACAAAAGUUGUCAUAUUAAAAAAAUACUAAAAUCUUUUUGUCAUAUUAAAACAAUCAACAUUAAAAAUAUCGAAAUAAAAGAUGGCAUGUUGUCAAAAAAAAAGUUUCUACCGUUUUUUACAUUCCUCGACAGCGUCUGCUUGUGAUACGGAAGUUAUUAUGUAUACCUUUAGUUUAAUAUUUGCAUAAACAAUUGUAGAAAUGUAACGAUAAACACAUUUUUAUCGGCGCAACGAUCAUAUAACACAGUAAAUCACACAAAUAAAAUUCACGUUUUCCUGAAUAAUAUGUUUUGCUUAUCACUGUCAUUUGUCACUUGAUUCAUCCUAAUUAGUAGAAUUGCGUCACUGAUAUAAUUUGACAUAUAAUUUGCAUACUUUGACAUGCGUCGCGUUGGCGAUGGAUAUUUCUUAUAUAAACUGCGGUUUGGAUCACACAUGUAGUACUGCCGAAGUCGCUCAGCAGAAGUAGUGCAACAGAAUUGGAGCAACAACAAUGUCGAAAAUGGCGAUGAGUUACAUCAUCCUAGCUGUUUGUAUUACGUACCAAACAGCCCAAGCUGGCACGCUUGAUUGGAAUAGUCUGUUAUCUUUACCGCAAAACCUAGAUAAACUUCAUAACGUUUUUGAACUUGCACAAAAUAGCAUAAGUUCAUAUAGUUCACAAUCAGAACAAGCGAUCGACCAAACGAUUGCUAAUAUAUCUAAUGAACGGGACCUAGUUCAGCAAGACAGGGAUUCGUUGCUAAAAAAUGCUCAGAAUGCCGAGCCGUGCGACAAGUUAAAAUAUGAGUUAAAAGCGAGUACGGAUUCAUUGUACGUAUCCCUCUAUAAUUGCGUUUUGAAGGGACUCGCAUCGGUCAAGUUGACAAAUUCAAACUUUACGCAAUUGAGCAAUGAUUUGUUAAGUACUCUAAACAAAGAAUUACCAGAGUUGACGAAAUGCGCAAGUAAAUCAAAUUUGUCGGGCCAACUGUCCUGUCUUGCGAACACCACGGCAGACGACACCUUUAAACUGGCUCUUUCUUUGCUUAAAACACUUCCGAAAAUCUCGGUCGAUUAUUUAACAGUUCUCCCGAAAACGGCGCUUUGCAUUGGACAAUCGUUCCCUCAAAUCUUCUCAAACACGAGUAUUAUUGAAGACGCGAAACUGUGCGGUCGUAGUUUAACGCAACCACUAACAACCAUCAGCAAAACUGCUUAAUCUUUACAUGUAUUACAAUUGUAAGAUGAGACGAAGCUUUUACUUUCUCUAUUACGUUACGCACCCAAUUAUGUUAUAUGUAAUUUGAAGCUUGGCAAUUAGCUUACCAUUAUUACACUUCUAUAUUUGUCUUUUGAACAGAAUGUAAAUUUAAUGCAACUACAAACAAUUUAUGAAUAAAAUUGUCACAUAAGAGCAAAUAACUAUGGAAUUAUACAAGCAGA